AUGGCAUCUUCUUCUCGUAAUCAUAAUGAUUCUGAUGAUUUUGAUCAAGCUUUUGAUCAAUAUUUUGAUGAACGUUUUGAUCAAACGAUCGAAAAUCUUGUCGUUGCUUAUAGUGGUCAACAAGAAGAGAGGCGGGAAAGGAAAAAACGUGUUUAUAUCGAAAGAAACCGUGAAGCAGGCCAUACACGUUUAUGGAAUGAUUAUUUCAGUGAUACUCCAACGUAUCCUGAAAAUUUAUUCCGACGACGAUUUAGAAUGAACAGGCGAUUGUUCAUGCACAUUGUUGAUCGACUCUCCAACGAAGUUCAUUUUUUUCGCCAAAAGAAAGAUGGUCUUGGAAGGCUUGGGCUCUCUACACUCCAAAAGUGUACCGCAGCUAUUCGUGUCUUGGCAUAUGGUACUGCGGCUGAUACGGUCGACGAAUACCUCCGGCUCGGUGAAACUACAACUCGGGCGUGUGUGGAAAAGUUUGUCGAAGGAAUAAUAAAUUUAUUCGGUGAAGAGUACCUAAGAAGACCAACACCCGCUGAUCUUCAACGUCUGCUUGAUAUUGGUGAGCAGCGUGGAUUUCCCGGGAUGAUAGGAAGCAUCGACUGUAUGCAUUGGGAGUGGAAGAAUUGUCCCACCGCAUGGAAAGGGCAAUAUUCUCGUGGUUCGGGUAAACCAACCAUCGUUUUAGAGGCGGUUGCUUCAUAUGAUCUCUGGAUAUGGCAUGCAUUUUUUGGACCUCCAGGUACUUUAAAUGAUAUUAAUGUUCUUGAUCGCUCACCUGUUUUCGAUGACAUAAUAAACGGUCAAGCUCCACAAGUCACUUACUCCGUCAAUGGAAGAGAGUAUCAUUUGGCUUACUAUCUCACCGAUGGGAUUUACCCGAAAUGGGCAACUUUUAUCCAAUCUAUUCAAAUACCACAAGGUCCGAAAGCAGUUUUAUUCGCUCAACGUCAAGAAGCUGUCCGAAAAGAUGUCGAGCGUGCUUUUGGAGUCUUGCAAGCUCGUUUUGCCAUUGUUAAGAAUCCAGCACUUUUUUGGGAUAAAGUCAAAAUUGGGAAUAUUAUGAGAGCAUGUAUCAUACUCCAUAAUAUGAUAGUAGAAGACGAACGAGAUGGAUAUGCUCAAUUAAAUAUUUCAGAGUUCCAACAAGGAGAAGACGGUGGAAGUUCACAUGUCGAUCUCACGUAUUCUACAGAUAUGCCUUCAAAUAUCGCCAAUAUGAUGGGUGUUCGAACUCGAAUUCGUGAUAAACAAAUGCAUCAACGCCUCAAAGCUGAUUUGGUUGAACAUAUAUGGCUUAAAUCGGGACGUGAUGACGACAACAACUGA